UUAGUUAUUUUAUAGUUCAUAACUUCUUGAAGGGUUGGAUGCGGUGCCCUCGCGACUGUCGGCUGCCAACAGGGCGGAAGUCGAAAAUCAAAACAUUCGCAGACGAUAAAAAAACCCAAACAAAUCGCGCUCAGAGAGAAACCUUGGACCUUUGUGCGUUUGGUCUAAGUCCUUGAGACUUUGAUGCUCUUGGCAUCAUGUUUGCCAAACUGAAGCAGAAGCUAGCAGAGGAGGAGGGGUCGAAGGUCAUGCCUCCUGCGGAGGGCCGUAAAAGCUUCGGAACGCCCGGCCACGCCUCUCCGGUGGGGCAUGCUGGGAGAGUGGGUAACGCUGGGGCCGGGAUGUCCCCCAGUAGCAGCCAGACAGAUUUAACCAAGGCUGUGACUAAGGAUGCCACAAAGGAGGAAGUGUUGUCCAUGCUGAUCAGAAGAACGGAUCAAGUCAGAAAACUAGAAGCCAAACUCAAUGAGUACAUAUCAUCACUGAAGGAAGUGACAAAGGCAAAAGACAAACUUGAACUGGCUCUGGAGAACACACAGGACAGUAUGGCAAAAAAGAUCCAGGAUAUGAAUGAAAGCUACCAGGCUGAGCGCUCCAAGAUGGCAGAAAAUAUGAACUUAGCUUUAGAGAAAAAAGAUAAGGAAGUCAAAGAAGCAAUUGAAGCAGCUGAGAAGGAGAAGUCCGAUCUGCAGAAGCAGGUGGCUCGGGCAGCAGAAACCACAGCUAAGCUGUACCAGCAGGAGGAGGAUAAGGAGGAGCUGGAGGGCUUCCAGACUCAGGAGCUGGCCAAGGUCAAACACAUGUUGCUAAACAGUCAAGAAGAACUCAGUAGGUGCCAAGCAGAACUGCAGCAGAAGUCAGAAAAGAUCACUAGCCUGGAAACACAGGCUGCUGAGGACGGCAGGAAAACACAGCAGUUUGAAGCUGAAGUAACCAGGUUAAAGGAAGAGCUGGAGACAGUGAAAAAUGAAAGGGACACAUGUAAAGUGGAGAAAAAGAAGUUGGAUGAGUUAGCCAGGACAGUAGAGGACAACCAUUCCACACUGGAGGACAACCUGCAAUCUCUGAACAAACAGUUACAGGAGCAAGUAGCCAACUACUCCAGCCUACAGCGUGUACACAAUGAGCUCAAAGAUGACUACGAUGCUCUAAAGAGAACAAAUGACGUUUUCAAACAUAAGUGCGAAACUCAGCUGGAGGAGAAGGAUAAUGAGAUCCAGCAUCUCCAGGAGAAAGUCUCCACAUUAAACAGGAGGCAGGACCAGGAGGACAUGUCUGGGGAUGAGAAACUACAGGCUCUCAUCGACGAGAGAAAACAGCUGGAGUUGAGACUAGAGGAGGCUCGUCAGCAGCUGACAGACAUCAAGAGUAACUGGAGCGAGAAAAUCAACAGCCUUGAACUACAGAUUGCCAACCUGAAUACAAAGAUGGCAGAAGACAGUGCAGAGUUGACAAGAACUGAGAAAGAAGCAGAAUUGCAAAGAGCAGCUUUCCAAAAGAAGGUAUCAGAGUUAGAAACUAAACUACUGGAGUCAGAAAAGCAGGCAGCAGACAAUGAAAGAUUAGCGAGUGAGAGACAAGAACAGAUAGACCAACAGAAAACACAACAUGGCACAGAACUGAGCAGGGCUCAACAACAGGCUGCAGACACACAGAGGCACUUACAGGACAAGGUCAACACUCUGGAACAGAAGGUCACAGAACUGGAGACAGCCAGGGAAUUUGACAAGACUAACUCACAACACAAACUGACCCAGUUAGAGAACCUGAAAGAAGAGUACUUGGAGAAAGAGCUUGAGGUGGAGCAUCAGAUGAGCAGGUUGGAGGAGGAGAAAGAGCAGCUCAAGGUGGAGGUAAGCAGACAUGAAAAGGAGAAUCUGCAGCUGGCCCAUGCUCUGGAAGAUGCCAAGAUUCUUUCUGAGGACCUAAAAAAACAAAUGUCAUCAAGGGACGGGGAGUUGUCUUCCCUGAAAGAACAGGUGACUGAACUGGAAACCACAACAAGUGAGACUGAAGAACAGCUAAGGGAUGUUUCAAAAGAGGGUGACCACCUGCGGUACCUGGUGUCCAGUCUGGAGCUGGAGAAUAACGUGAUCCCUGACCUUCAGCAGCGGCUGGAGGAGCUGGAGCUGCAGACUGACCGGCAGCAGGGCACCAUCAGGGACCAGGAGACCACCAUCACCUCCCUGGGGGAGACACUCGCGGUCAGGGAGGCAGAACUGGCCGAGGCACAGGAGCAGUCAAGAAGUCUUGAAGAUGCUGCAGAGACAGACAGGAGGAGAAGAGAAGACAGGAAGGAUGUCUGUGUGUCUACAGCAGACGAUGAGGAGGGGAGGGAAGAAGAUCCCAAGGUUCUAGAAUUAAGAAAAGAAGUCACAGAUCUAGAGGAACAGUUAGCAGAUAAAAACAAGACAAUAAAGAUGCAGCAACAAAGAUUAGGGGACCUCAAGAAAACACUUCAGAGAGAAUUGAAAAUCACACCAGUUGAUGGUGACACCCCUGAGCUGAGAGACCUUCCCAAGGAGCGAGACCCUCUAGUCGUUCCUCAGGGUGCAACAGCUGGUGCUGCCAUGGCAACGGUCAAGCCGUUCCCGUCCCACCCCAACCUGGGCAUGCCCGACCCCCUCAUGCCUGCUAUCAUGGACAUAGACGAGAACGAGAUCAACUUCAGGUACCUCAAACAUGUGGUGCUGAGGUUUGUGGCCAGUAGGGACCAUGAGGCGUACCAGCUGGUGAGAGCUGUGUCCAUGCUGCUCAAGUUCACUCCUGAGGAGGAGAGGAUGGUCAAGGACAUGAUCCAGUACAAGAUGUCGUGGUUUGGCACAAAACCAACAGCUGUCAUCAGACCAUCUGUCAUUUCUGCUUCUCCCCAGUCCAAGGGCCUGCCUGGGCCCAACUUUUCAUAGCUGCCUGUGAGAGCUGUGGAUCUCCAGAACAUAGUUCCUUAUUCCCAAACUUUUUGUACACAAACCUUUAAGUCAGACAGCAAAAUAAAACAUAGCCAAAUGUUUUGCCAUCAGCCUGGUAGGAAACAGUGAAGUUCAACUUGUUUCAUUUCUUUGAUGUUUGGAUGAGUCCACUAGCCAAGUCUUUCAAAGAUGUAUUAAGCUUGUUACUGGCUGUUGAAAGGGUCUUUGGAAUGAGGAAAAGAUAGAUGAAAACCUGUAGAUAUUUCUAAAGCAUUAAUGCAAAUGAACAGCUUCAUUCAUGUACAUACAAAUAUUAACUAACAUAUUGUGCAAGUACAUUUAGAUAAGGUUAUAUUGAGUGUUGGAAGAUAAAAGUCUGAGGCUUUGGGGUCUUCUUAGAACUUUGGUGCCAUGAUCCAAAAUUAUAAAUGUUCACAAAGAAUUCUCAAUGAGCCUAAAGUUCCUCUUAGUACUAAGAAAUGAAAGAGCAAGUUAUAUUCAAUUUGGUUCCUUGCUUGCCAAAUUUAUAUUUUGCCUUCUUAUGAAAUUUAAUGUUCUAGUGUAGCUGUAAAGAAAAAUUUGGCACACAAUAGAAUUGUAAAAACUCUGUAAGGGUUCAUUACUUCUUAAUAUGUUUAUAUGUGGGAAGCAUUCUCUGGGUAUUUAAGGAAUUACACCAAUACAGCAAUCUCAGGGAUAUGCAUGGUACAUGUAUUUCAUAGGUUCAAACUUACUCAGUGUAUUUCAUAGGUUUGAACUUUCUCAGUAGGACUUUCUCAUGUCUAGGUCAUGAUACUGUAACACUAUCCCUGCUUAACCAUGCUGUGAAGACUAAGAACUAAUGUACAGGGGCUAGCCCUUGGCAACUGAAAUAUGAUGAUUAAGUUACUGUUGUUGUUGUUUUUGUCUGAGUAUCACAGUUGGACAUUGUGUACCUGGGCCAGUAAUACAUUUUGCCCAAAUGGAUAUUAAGAUUUUGUGUAAUAUUGUGUUGAAAGACAUCAACCAUCGUGACAUGCACUAGAAGUACACAGUAUGAUUAUUUUUUAGGCAAUUACUUUAAUACUUUCCUGCAUGUAAGAAAAUAUGUUUAAUAGGUGACUCAUGCAAUUAUGUGUAGUUUUAAAUUAUGUUUGUGUAUUCUAUAAAAUGUAUCUAUAGAACCAGUGCAAUAUUGAUAUCUUGGCGUUUUGUUGUAAUACAUAGCUGGUGUUAAGUUUGACAUUACAUAGAACUGAAUGUGGGACUUCAACUCUUUGGAUGUAAAAAUUUCACAUGGUUGUAAAAUGCUUUUAGUAAUACCAAUGCAGCCCCUCCUGCUAGGUUCCU